CAAAUGACGUUAACGUUUGACGUGACGUGUCGAUUUGUUUGAAGUUACACUUUUUCGAAACGCUUGCGAUUUCUAAAUCGGCUUACAUUAUCAGAAUACUCGAUAAGCAUUUUAUCGCCAUAAUAUCCACGUAGCUUACAUUUAUACGUAAAUCAAUUAACCUCGCUUUAAACACGGUUUAACACGGAGGUGUGAAACAUGUUGCGUUUCCUAGUUUUUGCUGCUUUCCUGCAGUGUUGCAUUUCCCAACAAUAUCAGCAAAAGGUGGCUCCUGGGGUACCCCCACAGAACUAUCAGAAUUAUCAACAACCACCACCCCCGCCUCCACCGCAAGGCCAUCAGCAGCAGGUUCCUCAGCAGCAAUUCCAGCAGCAGCAGCAGCAGCAGUACCAGCCCCCACCACCGCAGCAGCAACAAUUCCAACAACCACCACCUCAGCAGCAACAAUACCAGCAGCAGCCGCAGCAGGGGCAGAUCAAAGUGCAGCAUGACCACCAUGGUGAGCCACAGCUGCUGAACGCUGCCAACAUACAGCAUGAAAGAGAACACAUCCAGGAGCACAUGGACGUGCCCAUAGACACCUCCAAGAUGUCCGAACAGGAGUUGCAGUUCCACUACUUCAAGAUGCACGACGCAGACAACAAUAAUAAAUUGGAUGGCUGCGAGUUGAUCAAGAGCCUUAUACACUGGCAUGAACAGGGACACAAGCAACAACCACAGCCAGGGUCACCACCGGCCGGCGAAAAGAUCUUCGGAGACGAUGAACUAGUAAAUUUAAUAGACCCUAUACUUAACAUGGAUGACCAUAAUAGGGAUGGAUAUAUAGAUUACCCUGAGUUCAUUAGGGCACAGCAGAAGAGUCAGAAUAAGGAGGGGCAGUAGUAUUAGACAUUGCUCUUGACGAUUUUAGGGUGC